AUGGCUACAGAUGAUCUCCAUAGUUUAAGAAAAUUGUAUAUUACAAGAGAAGAAAAUAAUUUACCAAAAGGUCCCCGCGGGGCCGUUGGCGGUUGCAGCACCCCCGGCAGUAGAGUGGAUCCCUGGUGGAAUCCUGGUUCCCUCUUCCCCUCGACCCCUGGGCCCCCAAGGAUCGACGAGGGGGCACCGGAUAACGGUAGUGGUGGUUUUCAAUUCUGUAGUCCACCGAAUCGUAACGCGAAUAGCCCGUCGUCUCACCAGUCGCAGCACCAGCAGCACCAUCAUCGUUCGAAUCAGCGGCACCACUCUCACCAACAGAAUCAAUCGAAUUCGACGAGGAACAUCUGUUCGAGCUACAGCAUCGCCUCGACCUCGUCGUCUUCGUGCUCGUCGUCGAGCCUCGGUCGUCGCGUGGACACGGUAGCGCGGGGCGCUGAUGCCGUAGGUUCGCCUAGCAGCGCGUACGGCAUCGCCUCGUCGUCACCGGAACCCUGCUCCGCAAGUAAUCUGAUCCUUUCGGCGUUGUUGACCACCACGUCGUCGACGGACGGUCGUCAUCAGGGACCGCGAGGUGGUCCGGUGACCUCCGGGCACAGCGGCGUGUUGCCGCCCUCGUCAACGGCGUCGCGCAACAUCUGCAGCGUCUCGUCGGCAGACACCCUCAACGGAAUCCUAUCGUCUCUAAACGUGCGGAUCAAAACGGAGGAGUAUCCGAAAAUCCGCUCGGAGGAGCGAAGAGCGACCAGCGCGAUAUUUUCAUCAGCGUCUACGUCGUUGUCUUCGUCUUCGUCCACCUUCAACGCCACCCUACUCAGCUCCCUGCUGUCCACCUCGCGCAUCUCCGCAUCCUGCAGGAACGACGACGAGGACAUAUUACCCAGAUCGUGUAUCAAGCUUGAGUAUCCGUCCAGUGACUCGCAGCGCCAAGAGCAACAAGAGGAGCAGACCGUGGUGCGGAACAUCAAGGUAGAAUACCCCCUCAGUCAAUCGUCGCAGGACGUUCUGGAUACCGGCGAGGAGGAAGAAUUGACUGCCACGUCGCCUUACGAUAUUAUCGCCGGCCAGCCCAGGUGUCUGUCGAAGCAGGCAGCUGGCAAGACUCAAGCAGGUUCCUUGGUCAAGGACGUGAUCGUACCACCCUGUCCAGGCGGCGUUUCACCAACCUCGGACAUCGUGAUCGAGAUGAAGUACGAAACGCAAUCAGGACCGCCGACAGCGCCGCCACACUUGACAUCUUCCGGAGUGGAGCCGCCUCACAGUAGCCAGGGAACGGGCAUCGUCGUCGGCGGAUCACCCGCUGAAGUGGUCGGCGUGGACAGUCUACUCCUGUCGCCGUGGGGAGCAACCGGACCGGACUUCCUGGAGCCUCCCGACGUCAAGCAAACGGCAGCUGGUCUGCAGGAUGCGUGGGACACUCUCCUUCUGGGCUCGUCGGUCGGCGUAGCCUCGGCCCAGUCGUUGGCCGAGUUGAAGCCUCUUCCACCGUUCACGGGAUACACGGGACACUUGAGCAUCAAUGGGAUACCUGGACACCACUAUCACACGAUAGCGUCGUCAGCGCAGAGGCCGUCGUUACCCUCGUCCUCGCCUACGUCCUCCUCGAAUCAGGAGUACUACGAGUCUCCCGUGGUGUCCUCGAGCACACCGUGCCCACAAGGCAGUCAGAAACAGCAGCAGCAGCAGCAACAGCACCACCAACAUCAGCAGCAGCAACAGCAGCAGCAACAGCAACAACAGCAGCAUCACCAUCACCAACAACAGCUGCCGCAGUCCACACAGCAGGUGGAAUACGACAUCGAGGACAUAGCUGAGAUCAUUGGAUCAGCGAUCGCCGACACGACGGUUCCCGGUGGAGGAAAUGGACCUGGUUCGGAGCACGAUCCAGACGCAACCCGCGACUGGAUCGACAUCGCCGAGUGGAUCGAUACCGCUUGCUCGCCGAAAGCGCAGGAGACGUCAUCGCCCAGUCCAUAUUCGCAGAUAUACGCCACGGCGACGCCCUCCACGCAGACCCAACAACACGGCUCGACCCUGCAGAGCUUGCUGACGCACGGUUACGCGCCUCUGCUCAAUGCCAGGUUGCAAUCUGCGAGUGCAGGCCUCCAGAAUGCGUCAUGUGGGGAAACCCCUUCGUCCACCAGUCCCUAUCCACCUGUCAGUCCACCCGGCAGAGUCUCCACCUCGUGUAGUCCGGAUCACUUGUUGCAUUCCUCGUUCGCGGCGCCGUCGCACCCCAGAAAGAGGUCGCGGCCCACUCCGGGUUCCCAGAACCCCUCGAAGAAAAGCCCAGGUGCAGCGACGGCGCUGCCCUACGGCACCGAGUCUGGGCUGAUCGGCGGCAAGGAGAAACCCGUGCACAGGUGCUCCAUCUGCAACAGGGGAUUCCUGAACAAGAGCAACAUCAAGGUGCACCUCAGAACGCACACGGCCCAGUCGUUGGCCGAGUUGAAGCCUCUUCCACCGUUCACGGGAUACACGGGACACUUGAGCAUCAAUGGGAUACCUGGACACCACUAUCACACGAUAGCGUCGUCAGCGCAGAGGCCGUCGUUACCCUCGUCCUCGCCUACGUCCUCCUCGAAUCAGGAGUACUACGAGUCUCCCGUGGUGUCCUCGAGCACACCGUGCCCACAAGGCAGUCAGAAACAGCAGCAGCAGCAGCAACAGCACCACCAACAUCAGCAGCAGCAACAGCAGCAGCAACAGCAACAACAGCAGCAUCACCAUCACCAACAACAGCUGCCGCAGUCCACACAGCAGGUGGAAUACGACAUCGAGGACAUAGCUGAGAUCAUUGGAUCAGCGAUCGCCGACACGACGGUUCCCGGUGGAGGAAAUGGACCUGGUUCGGAGCACGAUCCAGACGCAACCCGCGACUGGAUCGACAUCGCCGAGUGGAUCGAUACCGCUUGCUCGCCGAAAGCGCAGGAGACGUCAUCGCCCAGUCCAUAUUCGCAGAUAUACGCCACGGCGACGCCCUCCACGCAGACCCAACAACACGGCUCGACCCUGCAGAGCUUGCUGACGCACGGUUACGCGCCUCUGCUCAAUGCCAGGUUGCAAUCUGCGAGUGCAGGCCUCCAGAAUGCGUCAUGUGGGGAAACCCCUUCGUCCACCAGUCCCUAUCCACCUGUCAGUCCACCCGGCAGAGUCUCCACCUCGUGUAGUCCGGAUCACUUGUUGCAUUCCUCGUUCGCGGCGCCGUCGCACCCCAGAAAGAGGUCGCGGCCCACUCCGGGUUCCCAGAACCCCUCGAAGAAAAGCCCAGGUGCAGCGACGGCGCUGCCCUACGGCACCGAGUCUGGGCUGAUCGGCGGCAAGGAGAAACCCGUGCACAGGUGCUCCAUCUGCAACAGGGGAUUCCUGAACAAGAGCAACAUCAAGGUGCACCUCAGAACGCACACGGGCGAGAAACCCUUCAGGUGCGAGGUCUGCGGCAAGGCGUUCAGGCAGAAGGCGCAUCUCAUCAAGCAUCAACAAAUUCACAAGAGGAUCGGCAGGGAUUAGAUUCGAGCAGGUUCUUUUCUCCGGUCUGAGAGAAUGCUUUGAGAGUACCAUUUUACCGUAAGUACCUAACGGCGAGGCAACGUCGAUCGGGAGUGAACCUGAUCGGGGUGUUAACUGCCCUCCUGAGCGGAUCAGUUCGAACAUCGACGAAGAUAUGCUGACAGUGCAAAGUUCCCCAGGUGCAAUAUCGAAGAUGAUCGAGACACUGGUAGAUGGGUAUGAAGCCUUUUAUCGGAACUCGAACCACGGUUCCUUGGCGGGGCCACGGAUUUUACGAGGAUAAUGAUCAACGGAAGUGAGAUGAUCUCUCGUGCUGUGUUAAAAUAUUGACGACGUUAUGAGUGAGUGCAACCCACUGUAACACGGUGUGUAAAUAUCGAUAAUAGGGCACGCGUAUGCGGGUACGUGCGUAUAUGUAUAUACAAUAAAACCUCCAUAGUUUUCUGCUGGAUUCCUUGGGAACGUCUCGUUUGCGCGUAAAUGCUCGCAAAUAGCCGCUCGUUAAAUGCUCACGAUUAAGGAACGGUUAUUUUCUUGCAUACGGUCAUUUAACAAGCAGUCUAGCAAGGAGACGUUUCUAACAUCAACGGAGUGCGCGUGUAUCUGAUGCAGUAGCCGCUCGUUAAAUACUCGCAAUCGGGGCUUCGGUUGCUCUCUUACUCACGGUUAUUUAUUAAAAGAGAUGUUUCUAAGAUAUUAUUCUUAACAUAUUACGGGAAUACGCAUGCAUCUGGCAUAGUAAUCGUUCGUUAAAUGCGCGCGAUCGGUGCUUUAAGCAGAUCAUCAUUUAAUGGAUGAAGGAAAUUUUUAACACGAUAAAGAGCGUUCGUUUAUCGAACGGGAGUUCCUACCAUGUAAUAUAUCGAGCGUUUAUCGAACGAGUUAAAAAUUCAAAACACUUCGAAUUGGUUCAAAUUAAUUAUUGAAUUGAAUCACAUCGAAUUACUUUGACAUGUAUGAACGUGUCCUAACAUACGUUAAGCGAGCAAGCAUUUAUCGAACGGUUACUAAGCAUCACAGAAUUAUCUGCAAACCUUGUGCAUGACGUCGCCUUCUUAAUUUCCCGGCGCAGGAAAAUAUCGAGGUUUUACUGUACGUGAACAAAAAGAAGCCGAACGUUCGAACAGAGAGAGUAUAUAUAUACAUAUGCAUAUAGAUAGUUAGAUUGUAACAUAAAAAAUAGACGUAAACGGAA